AUGUCGAGCUUUGAUACGGCAGUUCGAGGUGCUCUGCGCUUUAAGCGCAACAGCGAGGCGCUUGUGGCGGACGACAAGCGACGGAAGAAGAAGAAAAAGAACAAAGCCAGCAAGGACGAAGACGCUGGGGGACCAGCAGUAGCUGAUCUCCCCCCAGAACUUGCAAAUGAUCCUGAGGCAAUUGCUGCAGCAGCAGCUGUUCGAGAGGGUAAGCAGCAGCCAGGCGUUUUGUUGAACUCCGGCUCAAACAAAUCCUCAGCAGGGGACGAGUCCCCUGCUGGAGUGUCUCAAGACGGAGGAGCUGGAUCUGUAGAGACGCCCGAUAAAGAAGUACAUGGGAAGGAAAGGAAAGAAAACGAAGAAGACGAUGCAGAAAAGGAUGCAGAUAGCCGCAGUCGCAGCGGAGAAGCCUCCAGAGCAUCGGCAUCCCCGGACGUGGAGGCGCUGCUGGCAGAGGUAAAUCCUAAGUGGACCCGGGCUCAGAAGGCAUUUUAUUUGGCGCGAAAGGCGAGAGAGGCAGAGAGAAUUAAGAAGCAGCUGCAGCUGACUCACAGACAGCGAAUGGAGAAAUUCAACAAACACUUGGCCUCCCUAUCGGAACACUUCGACCAACCCCGUGUGGGCCCGGGGUGA